AAUCGUUCGCGCGUCUAAGAGAAAUGAGAGAAAUGUUUAUUUGCCCUUUAAGUUCUACAUGGCGAGAAAAAUCGCUACCCUUUAGAUUACAGCCAACCCAUCCCGUCCGGAGAUCGAUCUUCAACGUUGGAGGAAAUGCCAAGUUAAUAAUGACGGAGGGAGGUGAAAUCUUUAAUCUUUGGGCACAGCCUCCAGUCGAUCUGUAUAUUAAGAUAUACCUGUUUAACAUAACUAACGCUGAGGCCUUUCUAGCUGGUCGGGAGCAGCUUAAAGUCGAACAAGUUGGUCCCUAUGUAUACAAGGAGAUUAUGACCCACGAGAACGUCACCUUCAAUACAAAUAACACUAUGUCCAGCACUCCCAGUCAUCCGUUGGUUUGGCAAGAGCAAAUGUCAGGCGGUUAUCAUGAGGACGAUGAGGUUGUAAUGCUGAAUAUUGCCAUGUUGGCCAUAUCACACCUAACUGCAAGCCAGCCGUUCUUAGUUAGAAUGGCUUUAAAGACACUGCUCGUCAGCACAAAGUCCGAGCCAAUAGUUCGAACCACUGCCAAGGAAUUCAUGUUCGGUUACCCCUCGGCUUUGGCCACUCUGGGAAAUACUUUUCUUCCGAAUUGGAUACCUUUUGAGAAAGUGGGUCUCAUCGAUCGAAUGUACGAUUUCACUACGGAUUUCGAAACGUUUUACACAGGCGUGCCCAAUCCAGCGCUUUCGGGACUAUAUGCAACAUACCGUGGAGAAACAAAACUACCUCAGUGGGAAGGGAACCACUGCAGCAACAUAGAGUACGCCUCAGAUGGCACAAAAUUCAAAAGCUUUAUUCAGUCGAACGAAACAGUUAAGUUCUUCAGAAAAAGCAUGUGCAGACCGAUCAAUUUGUACCGUGUGGGCGAAGAGAAAACCUACGGCAGCCUAAAGGGAUAUAGCUAUGUCUUUGAGGACAACGCGUUUGACAAUGGUGUAAUUAACAAGGCCAACAAAUGUUUCUGUAGAAGAGGCGAUUGCCAACCGGUUGGACUGAUUGACGUCACAGAUUGCUACUACGGGUUCCCAAUCUCCUUGAGCUUCCCACACUUUAUGAACGGCGAUUUGGGGCUACAGCAAAACAUUACCGGUGUAAAUCCUGAUCCAGCGAAACACUCAUCAGCCUUUGUUAUUCAACCGGAGUCCGGCCUGCCGCUAUCGUUAUCUGUAAAAGUGCAAAUCAACAUGCACUUUAAGGACUUAAGUAAUUUUCCGACCGUCUCCAAGUUUAGUUAUCUGACAACGCCCAUGUUAUGGUUCGAGAUCAUGAUGACAAAGCUUCCUGACUCUCUGGACUCGCGGUUCAACUUCUACCUGAAUAUUUUGCCGUUAGUCAAUCCUUUGGUCUUUUGGAGUGGCAUACUGCUGGGAAUAGGUCUCUUAGGGUACGCAAUUACUAGGGCAACUCUGCAUUUGUCCAACAACGCCUGCCGAGCGGCAAACAUUUCAGAAAGAAAAUAUUGCCGGAAAAAUUUAAAUCAAGUCCCUAGAGGUGGGACCGGCAAUCAAGUUUACAGCUCUUGUGAGAUGAAGCUGCUAGGUAACCUUCCGGAUGCCAAUAUGCACGUUUUAGAACGAUCCGUCCAGGAUUUAAAAUUAUGCCAAGUCAAUCCAAAGUCCACUUAUGCCCUGGAUAUGGAGCCAGCUCUGUUAGACGCCUGCGAGAGCACUAACGUGAAGCACGAUUGCAACAAUAUCAUUCCGAGGCGCAAAUCCACCACGUCCAGAUCCUACGAAAAAGAGGAACACUGCCAUGGCGUCGAAGAUAUAUGCGUCGAACUCUUUGCCAAAAAUGCUUUAGUUGGUAAUUUUAAAAUGAAAAGCUCUGCUCCACAAAAACAGCAGGUGAGUAAAUAUCGAUAA